AAUAAGUCAACAAUUGGACCCUUAAAGCCUUGCCCCGCCAUCGCCCAAAACCUCGACUUUACCAUCCACCGGUCUGUCGAGAAAGUAUCUCCCAAACAUGGUCAAAGCAAGAGCGCCGCGGACCGCGGAUGCCAACAACGAUGGGAAAAAGCGAGAGCAGUCGCCUGAAAGCGACACUGACAUCACUGCCCUGAUGGGCGGCUGGUCCUCUCGCAAUGGCAAUGCGCAAGCCGAGGCAACAACACAUCCCACGUUUGGGCACCCGACCAAGAUGAUGUCCUCUCGUAAGCAGAAAGCCGACAUCUUCAUCCGUCAGAAGACUCGCCCAGAGCAUCAUCUCGACAACAACAGAGUGUCUGGGCCCAGAGCGCCAGCCUACGAGCCUCGCUUCGCGCCUCCCCCGCCCAUGUUCUCUUCGGUCGGAUCGGGGUCGACAUCGAUAUCGACGCCAAUAUCACACCAGCCGCGUCCUAAGGACGAGGUUUUCUAUACAGAUCCCGCCAAGGCUAAUCAGGAUCUUAAAGCAAUGCUGGAGGGAGGCAUGGAGGGCGAUGAUGAUGAAGGGGUGGAGGCCGACGAAGAGCAACAGCCAAAACUUCCAGGAGAAGGAAAGAAAGCCAAGGAUAGCGCAGUGCUUAGAGAUCCCAAAACCAUUGCCAAAGACGGCAAUGUGGAUGGCCUCAAGGUGCAGCUGCUCCCUCACCAAGUAGAGGGUGUCAACUGGAUGCGAGGCCGCGAGCUUGGGCCGGUUAAGAAGGGAACCGUCCCCAAGGGCGGGUUGCUUGCUGAUGACAUGGGACUGGGAAAGACGCUGCAGUCGAUUUCACUUAUACUUCUCAACCAAAAGCCAAGCAAAGACGAAGAUGGCUGGCGGAAAUCAUUCCAAAAGGUCGACAAGACGACUCUCGUUGUUGCCCCUCUAGCACUGAUCAGGCAAUGGGAAUCAGAAAUCAAAGAAAAGGUAGUUGAAGCUCACGGAUUGAAAGUCCUCGUACACCAUGGGCCUCAGAGAACAAAAGAUUCCGAGGAUCUUAAGCUCUAUGACGUUGUCAUCACUACUUACCAAAUUCUUGUCUCUGAGCAUGGUAAAUGGCUGGAUGGUGUCAAGGGAGGCUGCUUCGGGCUUCAUUGGUGGCGAGUUAUCCUGGAUGAGGCGCACACUAUCAAGAAUCGCAAUGCGAAAGCUACCAAGGCUUGCUACGCACUACAAUCUGAAUACCGUUGGUGCCUUUCCGGUACACCGAUGCAGAAUAACCUCGAAGAGCUGCAGUCACUCAUCCAGUUUCUUCGCAUCAAGCCCUACGAUGAUAUCCGAGCGUGGAAAGACCAUAUCGAACUACCCCUGAAGGGCGGGAAAGGCCAUAUCGCUCUUGGAAGACUUCACAGCUUCCUCCGCUGCUUCAUGAAGAGGCGGACAAAGGAGAUCCUGAAGCAGGAUGGCGCACUCGUCCCUGGUGGAGUGCCGUCUGCUGAUGGCGCAACCUCCAUAAACGGAUUUAGACAUACCAACCGCAAGGUAGUCACUGUUGCUGCCGAACUAUCCCCUGCGGAACGCAGAUUCUAUCAAAAAUUGGAAGCUCGUGCCGACCGAAGCAUGACCAAGAUGAUGAAAGAGAAGAUGAGCUACGCCAAUGCCUUUACGCUGCUACUACGUCUAAGGCAAGCCUGCAAUCACCCAAAGCUUCUCGAGGGCAAACUGGGAGAGGACAAGGAUGCAUUAUCAACAGGUUACUCGAAUUCAAAGCAGCAAGAUACGGAUGUUGACUCUGUGGCCGACUUGCUUUCAGGCAUGGGAAUUAGUACCAAAGAAUGCAGCAUUUGUGGCCGGCCGGUAGAGAAGAAACAGCGGAAUGCUGGGAAUGAUAACUGUGCCGAGUGUGCCUCGGAUCUGGCGUUCUUUUAUGGAGAGACACAGCCGGAGGAAGGGGGGACCAAGAAGGUUACAAAGACAGCACCCUCCAGAUCUAGAAAGAAAGAGCUGAAGAAGAGUGUAAACACUAAAACCCAAGAAGCAGAAGAAGAAGAUGAUGAUGAUGCCGAGCCCAGGCAAAGAGCGCGGAGACCGCGAAACCUCAACGCUGUGAUUGGCAGUGAUGAAGAAGAUGAGGAGCCAAAGCAAAAGCCUCGCCGCCGUCGAAAUCGCAAUGCCGUCAUCGACAGCGAAGACGAAGAAGAGGCUGAUGGCAGCUGGCUUGUCUCGGGAAGCGAACGAGGGGCUUUACGGCUGGGAAAGGCUGGUGGAGAGGAAGAUGAAAAUGCAGAAGGUGGCGGCGACUCGAUAGGAUCAGAGGAUUCCGAAGACUCCGAAGUAGAUGGCGACGAUGAGAGCAAUCUCAGCAGCUUUGUGGUGGAUGAUUCCAUCGCCAGGAAGGAGAAAGGGUAUAAGUCUGUGGAUGACGAUUCAGAUAACGACUCGCUCUUGUCUGUUUCUGAAAUCACUAAGAAUCUGGCUGCUCAGACGCUUAAAGAUAAAAAGCCCAAGAGAUCAAAAGCCGCUGUUUCUGCUUCUGAUGAUUAUUCUGAAUCCGAGACUGAUUCAGAAGAAGACGAAGAAGAAGGAGAAGAAACGGACUCUGAAGAAAGCGACUCUCAUGGUUCAUCCGCGUACGACCCUUCGCCGCCAGGUGACAGGCAUAGUAUUCUAUCCUCCGCCAAAAUUCGCGAACUCACCAGGCUGCUUCGUGCAGAGGCCAACGAACACAAGUUCAUCGUAUUUUCACAGUUUACGUCCAUGCUGGAUCUGGUCGAGCCGUUCCUCCGGAAGGAAAAGUUACGCUUCACGCGCUACGACGGUAGCAUGAAGAACGAUGAGCGGGAAGAGAGCCUGCGAAAAUUGCGAGAGGACAGGAAGACGAGAGUGCUUCUUUGUAGUUUGAAGUGCGGUAGCUUGGGCUUGAACUUGACUGCGGCGACGAGAGUGAUUAUCAUUGAGCCAUUUUGGAAUCCCUUCGUCGAAGAGCAGGCCAUAGACCGUGUCCACCGUCUCACCCAAACCGUCGACGUCGUCGUCUACAAGCUCACCGUCACCCACACCGUCGAAGACGGUAUCCUCGCCCUCCAAGAGAAGAAGCGCCUCCUCGCCGAGCAGACCAUCGAAGGCAGCUCCAAGAAGGGCGCGCUCAAGCUGGGCAUCAACGAAAUCAUCGAUUUGUUCAAGCCGAUUCACGGUCGGGAUGACAAUUCGUAUGCCGUCGCCAACGAUGAGGAGGGGGACGCUGAGCGCAGGAGAGCCAGGGACUCGACGGGGAUGAUGAGGAUGGCGAGACAGAAGAAGGUACAGAGGUCGGGGGAUGCUGCAUAUGGGCGACGAUGGUAGGAGGGUGGGUGAGAUGAGUUUUAGAUGGUAUGAUUAUGAUUAUGAGAUAUGAAUCUGGAAGGUUGAAUUGGGAAUAUAUCUAUGAUAUCAAGAGCUUCCUAAAUUGGGCUUAUACUAGAAUGUUUAUGAAUUAUUAUGAUAUAUACGAACGAUUAUGUUUUAUGGUAUAAAUUGAUUUAGGAUAAUUCCAAACGUCAGUCAGCAUUCUGA